AUGGCGGCAAAAUCAAAAACCUUCCCGCCGGUGGAGGACUGCCCAUCCAUCGGCAGAGAGAACGACACCGUAGUAGCUGACAUGGAUGGAACCCUCCUCUGCGGCCGCAGCUCCUUCCCGUACUUCGCCCUCAUCGCCUUCGAAGUCGGCGGCGUCCUCCGCCUCCUCUUCCUCCUCCUCGCCUCCCCAUUCGCCGCCGCCCUCUACUACUUGAUCUCCGAGUCUGCCGGGAUUCAGGUGCUGAUCUUCGCGGCCUUCGCCGGGGCCCGCGUGGCGGACAUCGAGUCGGUGGCGCGGGCCGUGCUGCCGAAGUUCUACUCGGGGGACCUGCACCCGGACACGUGGCGGGUGUUCUCGUCGUGCGGGAGGCGGUGGGUGCUGACGGCGAACCCGAGGAUCAUGGUGGAGCCGUUUCUCAAGGAGUUUUUGGGGGCGGAUGUGGUGAUGGGGACGGAGGUUGGGGCGGUGAGAGGGCGGGCGACGGGGUUUGUGAAAGGGCCGGCGGGGGUUCUUGUUGGGGUGAAUAAGGCGGAUGCGUUGAUGGCGGCGGUUGGUGGAGGAGGGGCGGUGCCGGAGAUUGGGCUCGGUGACCGGAAAACUGACCAUCCUUUCAUGCAGCUUUGCAAGGAAGGAUACAUAGUUCCACCAAAGUCAGAAGUCAAACCGGUCCCCGUUGACAAACUACCAAAGCCCAUCGUCUUCCACGACGGCCGGCUGGUCCAAAAGCCCACUCCCUUAGCCGCGCUCUUCAUCGUCUUAUGGAUCCCCGUCGGCUUCCUCCUGGCCUGCGUUCGCAUCGCCGCCGGCUCGCUCCUCCCCAUGCCCCUCGUCUACCACGCCUUCUGGGCCCUCGGCGUCCGCGUCCACGUCAAGGGCAGCCCGCCGCCGUCCGCGAAAUCCGGCGAACAGACGGGAGUCCUGUUUAUUUGCUCCCACCGCACUUUGCUCGACCCGAUCUUCCUCUCCACCGCCCUCCGCCGCCCCAUCCCCGCGGUGACCUACUCCCUGUCGCGCCUCUCCGAGUUGAUCUCCCCCAUCAAGACCGUCCGGCUCAGCCGGGACAGAGCCGCCGACGCCGGCAUGAUCAAGAAGCUUCUGGAAGACGGGGACCUCGUCAUUUGCCCCGAGGGGACCACAUGCAGGGAGCCAUUCCUGCUGAGGUUCUCGGCACUGUUCGCGGAGCUUACCGACGAGCUGGUUCCGGUGGCGAUGUCGAACCGGAUGAGCAUGUUCCACGGAACCACGGCUCGAGGGUGGAAAGGGAUGGACCCCUUCUACUUCUUCAUGAACCCUAGCCCGGUGUACGAGGUGAGGUUCCUCAACAAGCUGCCCUACGAUUUGACAUGCGGCGCCGGCGGUAAGUCGAGCCAUGAGGUGGCGAAUUACAUCCAGAGGACGAUCGCCGCUACAUUGUCGUACGAGUGCACCAGCUUCACCAGAAAAGAUAAGUACAGGGCGCUCGCUGGGAACGACGGCAUCGUGGGGGAUCAUAAGAAGGUGGCUAAUGGCAACAUGUCGCCAUUUAAGGUCAUGGGGUGUUAA